AUGUCCGACGAGCGCGCAUCCCUUACCGAUACAGACUAUGUGACAGGCAUGAAGGAGGCCUUACUGAGGGGGGAUCUAUACCCAUCAACGGCCACUGAGUUCCCUGAGGGCGAGCCUGUCUUCCCAUCCAUCCUGCCCUUUUUGGCAAAAGACUGCCUCGACCGGUUGGCCAGUUCUGGCGCCUCGGAGCGAGUCAUCGAAUUCGAAAAAGCUGCGGCCCUUCUCAAAGACUUGCGGCGGUCCGUCAGGCACGCACAUGACCACCUCUUCGACGCUGUCAUCGAAGGGCUAGAGCAGGCUUGGAAGGCGCCGGAAGCUGCCCUUACCAUCGAUCAGCUGCAGGCCUUUGAGCCGUGGCAGAAGUUGACGAACGCCAUCGCAGAGAGUGCUCAAAACGCAUAUACCAACGAUGCAGACAGCUGGCUCGAGGAGAAGGAUGUGGGUUUGCUCCCUCACAAUGACGACCUCGACGCACUAUUCGGAGGGCCGGUGGAUCGGGUACACAAAGAUCGGGCUCCCGCAGGAUCUCCUGGAGUAUACCAACGCAAUCGGACGCCUACAAAGAUCUCACUCGCCUUCACCCUCCCCCGCCCGCUGCAAGCGGCCGUUCAUCAUUCGUGCUGGGGGCAAUCCCCGACAUCGUCGAGCAGAGUCUCCUGCGACGCUCGCAGUUCUGACGGAGGAGUGCCAGAGGCACAGGUGGAGCGAAAAUUCGCGUCGAUCUAUCACGAUGAUGGCGCCAACGUUGUCCUGCGAUACAUGAAAGACAAGAUGGUAUUUGGCACUGUGAUUGCAGAGGAUCUAAUAUCCAAGGCGACUGAAGAGUUGUUUGGCUUUCGAUCGCUGAGCAUCGCGCGGUGCACAGUGGAUACGUAUCGGCAGGGAUUGAUUCAGGCAAUUGGAACGGCUCAAAACUUGUGUCCGAUGCCAAUAGGUUCGCACGUUCACAGGGCAGUGGACAGCCUGUGGCCAACAAGCCGGACGGAGCAGCAAAAGCUCUUUGCGUUGAACCGUCUCAAGUGA